AUGUUGCGCCGUCUGAUCCUCUGCUCUUCCCCUCUCCGCGUCGCCCGCUCGUCGCGCUCAAUGCCCCCAGUCGACCGCGCUCGACAACUAGCUCACCACCUCUCCACCUCCGCUCCCCUCGCUUUCUCUCCCUCGCAGUCCCCCAAAAGCAAGAUGCCUUUCGAAGUCGUCUCUACCUCGAACGCUCCCUCCGCCGUGGGUCCUUACUCGCAGGCGAUCAAGACCGACUCGCUUGUCUUCGUCUCGGGAUGUGUGCCGCUUGUGCCGGAGACGAUGAAGGUUGUUGAGGGUGGGAUUGAGGAACAGACUGAACAAGCGUUCAAGAACUUCCAGGCCGUCGUCGAGGCUUCGGGAUGCAAGUUGACCGAUGUCGUCAAGACUACGGUGUUCCUUCAGUCGCUUGGGGACUUUGCGAAGGUCAACGCCAUCUACUCUCGGAUCUUUGGCGAGCACAAGCCUGCCCGCUCAUGCGUCGAGGUCGCCAAGCUCCCCCUCGGCGUGCUGUUCGAGAUUGAGGGUAUCGCUCAGUUGCCGAAGUAG